CCCGACAUGGCUCUUGGAAUAUUGGAGCCCAGAGCGGAAAACGUUCCUGGCACUGUGCAAGUCACCCGCCAAAGUGAUAACCACUUCUCCAAAUCGCGGACAACAAUUCUUGUGCCAAAGCCUACAGAUGAUCCGAAUGAUCCACUGGUACUGCCUCCCGAUACAACUUGGUCAUGGGUGUACGAAAAUUGGCCUCUUUGGCAACGCGAUAUCAUUCUCGUCAUCNNCCUCUGUAUUGUUUCCGUACUUGCGACCACCGCCUCGCCUCUUCUGGCCGCAGAUUCGGUCGAGCUCGCGCUCAAGUUUCAAUGCACGUUCGAAGAUGCGGCUCUACUUACAGCCUAUCACCUAGCAGGUGUGGGAGUGGGCAGCUUGUUGUUUGUUCCACUGGCAAGAGUUUGGGGGAAAAGACAUGUGUUUUUGAUCGGAUCACUGCUCAUGAUUGCGAGCUCGGCCUGGGGAGGAUCUACACACAUUGGAUACAAUUACACCAGCCUGCUAUGGGCGCGUGUAAUUCAGGGAGUCGCUCUGGCCCCCUUCGAGUCACUCAUCAACGCAUGCGUAGGUGAUCUCUAUUUUGUCCAUGAGCGCGGACUGCGUAUGGCUUUUGCAAACGUCUCGCUCUUCGGCGGUGCCUUUCUAACUCCAGUUUUUGUUGGAAUGAUUGCCCAUGAUAUUGGCUGGUGGUGGUCCUUCUACUUCAUUGCCAUCUUCAUGGGUGGCGGUUUCCUGUUACUUUUGUUCUUGUGCCCCGAGGUGGCAUAUCGUCGACCCGAUCGAUUGAACACGGAUAUGAUGACGACCAGCUCAGAAUUCCUGGAUCCCAAUACUGUCUUCUAUGACGAGAAGUCGCCGAACGAGCAAGUGACCCCCAGAGUCAGAGGCAAUGCUUGGAAGCCUCUACGUAUUUCGCCUUUUGAUGGACGCAAGACCGACGAAUCAUUCUGGAAGCUGUUCCUGCGACCAUUUCCACUCUUCUUGCACCCUGCAGUCAUUUGGGCUUGCUUACUGCAGGGUGUCAUCAUCGGCUGGACAGUGAUGGUAGGAGUCAUUCUUUCACUGAUCUUCCUCGGUCCGCCUCUGUUCUACGAUGAGGAGCAAGCAGGCAAGAUGUACACAGCCGCAUUCAUAGGAAGCAUACUCGGCCUCCUGAUAGCCGGAGUAUACACCGAACUCACUACGCGCUUCAUGGUUCGACGUAACAAUGGAAGAUACGAACCUGAGUUCAGAAUCCUCCUCGUCAUACCGACCCUCAUCUUCGCUGCUUCAGGACUCUACGGUUUCGGCAUCACUGCAGCCAAGGUAGCACACUACGGCUGGCUUGUUCCCGAAGUCUUUCUCGCUCUCAUCGUUGCCAGUAUGGUCAUGGGCGCCACAGCUUCAGCUCAAUAUCUGCUCGAUGCACACAGAGACAUUGCGAUUGAAUCCUUCACCUGUCUCAUCAUCUUCAAGAACAUGUUCUCAUUCAUCCUGGCAUACUUUGCUUACACCUGGGUCUUUUCUGGAGGUAUAGAGCGACUUUUCAUCAUCUUUGGCAGCAUCGAGGUCGCUAUAUGUGCGUUGAGCCUGCCAAUGUAUAUGUUCGGCAAGAUGAGUCGCGAUUUCUUCCAUCGGCAUGACUUGUUGGAGAUAUUUAGAUUGAGAUGA